AUGCCUCUUAUGAAGAAGUUGUUCCCAUCUAGGGAAUUGGAAAUCGAAAGACCAAUUUCAAGAGCUUCGAAAAUCUCAAAUUUUGCCAAUUUCGAGUACGACGACGAUUCAAACCUUGACAGCAAUAUGGACGCUCCCGUGAUGAACAGGUCAAGGACCAAGAAGAAGCCCAGCAUGCCCAAAGUACCUACUAUCCCUCGCAGAAGCAGCAAAAGGAUUUCUACCAUGUUAAAUAGUGUUGUGUCGGAAUUAAAGUGUAUGGACGAAUUCGAAGCUACGAAACAAGUGGUGGAGGAACCAGAAUCCGAAAUAUCAGAUCCUCAUGAAUUAUACCUCUCGAGUGAAGAAGAUGCUUCUCUCUCCGACACAGACACCCUCCUCGAUUUCGAAGUUGCUACUGUUACUGAAUACAGUGGUCCUCGAAGUUCCUCUCGCGCAUCUGCUCAAGAUACCGCAAGAGUAAUUUCCUUUACUCUCGUCUCAAAACCUCGAGUGAUAGAAAUUCCCCGUCCGACAAGUUUUCACUCGAAUUCUAUAUUUCGCAAUGCUUGUCCUGUGACCGACUACCAAAUCCGUCACUCGGUCGCGGACAUCGCAUCAUUAGCACCAAUUCCUGCGCCACAACCACCGCGACGAAGCUCUAGACAAAGCUCACCGCUUAGAAAAUCUGCACGUCGCCUCUCCAUCUCCACUCUCGGUGCUCUUUCCAAACUCAACACAAGCCACGACAACGCGUCUAGCAUAACCCUUCCUCAACAACCCUCUAAACUCAACUCCAGCACAAACUUCCUGCAACCCGCUUCUGCCACCUCAAAUGCAUCGCCUCAGCAUGCCUUUCUCUCCUCAGAUCCAUUCCCUUCGCCCACACCCUCUCCCCAGACCGAAAAUCGUCCAAUCUUUUCCGAAGCUGAACAAAAUUUCCAAUCACGCCGACCAAAAUCCAUGCACCAUGAACGUCCCAAAACACCUACCAGCAUCAUGGAAGGUCUCCAAGGUCUCACCCGCUCUUUCACAAAAUCUGCGAAGAAGCGUCCUAGUAUGCCGAAAUUAAACUUAGCAUACACACCCGUUGUAGUACCUACCGCUCACAGCAAUACCUCGAGAUCAUCCUUAGCUCACAGCAAUACGUCUAAAACGAGCUUGCACACAGUAGAUGAGCGAACACCCAAAGAGACUAAAUUCGGAAAUAUGAGGAGAUCCUCCACAGUACCUUUGUUCAUGCACGAAGAGAAGGAAAAGGGAAAGAGAACACAGGAAUCGCAAUCGGCGAUCGAUGAGAACGUGCCGGUCAGAUAUGAAGAUAUCAUGAGAAAUGCUAUCCGCGAGGCUCCGCCAAAACCACCAAUUACUCAGCAGAAUACGAGUAGUCCAGGCUUGAAGGGCUGGAUGGGUAUGGGGAUGGGAAAUAGAAGGAAGAGUAUCAAAGGAGCCAAGCUCUUCACCUUCUAA